AUGGUGAUUGGAUCACUGAGCUAUCUGUCAGCCCAGCAGCGUCAGGAGAGGAUGCCGCGACCUGGGCAGACGGCCGGCUCCCCGCCCCUGUCACCCGAGAGGACCUCGGCUCUGCUCCCGCGGCCCGCCGCCCUCCGCCUGGCGGGGUUCCCGCGCGCUCGGGACCACGCCUCCACUUCCCGGUCGGCCGUCCGGAGACACGUGACGGGGCGUGGCACCGUCCCGCCGCGGCGCCGAGGGCGGCCGGGCCGGGGGCCGAUCGAGAGGACCGAGGGGGCCCGGUGUCCCGGCCGAGUCGGUGCCCGCUUGUCGCGAAACGGGCCUGCAGGCGAUCAGGAGUCAGUGAGCACGAGUGUGGCUGCCAGCGUGUGGGCACUUGCACCGUGGCGUCCUGGAGCACCGAGGACCAGCCGCCUCUGCCACGAGGCUGUGCCCCGGCACCUCCACCUGAGGGCGGCCAGGGCGGGCUGCGCCCAGAGACUCCUCAGCACAGUGGAAGGAGCUCAGCCCAGCCCUGCCCAAGAUGCAUUGCAGGGGAAUCCGGGCAUUUUAACCACACCAGGGACCGCUAAAGAGCAAGCUGCAAAUGAGAAGAUUCUAGUCUGUGUGAUGGCCAGUGCAAACCCCUUACAGAUGGGCACCCACCGGUCAGUGGUGGCCCGGCGGGCUGCUCUUUGCUGGCCAGUUGUUUGUUUGUCUUCUUGUUCAGGUAAUCUCUGUCUUCUGCGCACGAGCCAGGGACCUCCCUGUCACUUCCAACCUCCCUUGAAAUGUGCUGGAGUAGGGAGAUCAAUUGUACUAUUUAAAAGUUAAAAAAAAUUCUGCACCAAACUCCCCAUGAUGUUUGGGAAUAAUCGUAUCCAGAUGUACAGUAGCUCUGUUUUUAUACUUUCCCAUUGUUUGAGGAUGUAUCCAGGGCUGCUUGCAUACCCUUUUUAAUUAAAAGACUUAUUUUUAUAUUUAAAAUGUUCUGUAAUCUCAAAGUGAAUUUUACUAAGUACUAGUUCUGUUAUGUGUAAUUUUACAGGGACACAAC